CGUCACGGGUCCAUAAAUAAAUAAAUGUCCACUAUCCCAUGCAUAAACCUUAAAAGACACAAUUUGGACCAACAACAAAAAAACAAGAAGAGUUCACUAAUAUUGCUAGCAUGAUAGUGCAAAAUAACACUUUUCAUUUCAGUCUUUUGAUCAUUUUCUUGAUCUCACCUCAUUAUCUAGCCUUCAACAACGGUGGUGGAGACGAAAGGGAGAUGACCUCAUUGGAAACAUUCUCAUCCCCUAGUGGUAGUGGAAGUGGUGCAGCACAUGGACCUAAUUGGAAUUACAACUGGGGUUGGGGUUCUAGCCCUGGAGGAGGAUGGGGUUAUGGCUCUGGCUCAGGUAGGUCUCCUAAUGGGUUAGGUCGAGGUUGGGGUUUUGAUUUUGGGUCUGGGAGUACAGAGUCUGGUACUGGUUAUGGCUUUAGUGCUGGUAGUGGUGGUGGUGGUGGUGGUUAUGGAGCUGGAAGUGGUAAUGGUGGUAGCUUAAGAGGAAGAGAGAUGCCUUCGCCAGAAACAUUUUCAUCCCCUAGUGGAGAAACUGGUGUAGCUCAUGGACCUAACUGGGAUUAUAACUGGGGUUGGGGUUCUAGCCCCAGAGGAGGAUGGGGUUAUGGUUCUGGCUCAAGUAGGUCUCCUAAUGGAUUUGGUCGAGGUUGGGGGUAUGGUUUUGGGUCUGGGAGCGGGUCUAGUACUGGCAAUGGAUAUGGUUCUGAUGGUCAUGGUGAUAGUGGUGGUGAUGAUGGUCGCUCAGCUGGCUAUAGUAGCGACCCCACGCCAUCAAUUUCAAAUGAGAGAGAUCAUUGUGGCUAAUAAAACAUAUUGGUCAUGUACUACUUACAACAUGUUAUUUGUUUACAAAUAUAAAGAGUAUUAUGAACUUUAAUGUACGUGUUAUAAUAGAGUCUGAUAUGUCUUGUAUACUAUACCAUGAGAAUAUAGUAAAUGAAUAUAAUGAAUAAUAUAUUCAUAAUAAAUGUUUGCAUAA